AUGAAUUUCGAGGAAAUAUGGGAGGUGUUGGAAUCAGCAGAAGAUUCCAGUGAUAGCGGACAAGAUUUUAGUCCAGAUGAAGAAUCGUACAUCCCAGAUUCCAGCAGUGAUACAUCGAGUGAUGACAGUUUUCUAGAAGACCAAGAUGUGAGUUUUGGUAAUAUCGUAGAUGAACAUCAGACGGGAACUACGACAGAAUGGGAUUCGCCUGCCACCGGAGCGACUUUGAAAAAUUUUGAGGGAUGCAUAAGUCUACCCUAUGCUUCGCAACAUGAUGCCGGCUCGCCAUUUGAGUAUUAUAGAAAGUUUUUGGCCGAUGAUAUCUUGGAUAUUAUUGUUGAAGAGACAAAUAGAAAUGCUAAUUAUCAAAUAUGUGGGAUUAGUACUCGCAGCAGCAGCAGGAUGAAUAAGUGGAAGGAUACGAAUCGUAAGGAGAUCAUGGAGUUUCUUGCCAUAGUCAUGUAUAUGGGUAUAGUAAAAUACCCUUCAAUGGAGGACUAUUGGAAAGCAACUACCUUGUUCAAAAAUCCAUUCGUUCCACACGUUAUGACUCGUAACCGGUUCUAG